AUGGAUGAUGAUCAGAUUCAGUGGAGAUUUGAGAGUGAAAAGGCUUUAAUAGCAGAAAUCAAUGUGACUGCUGGCAGAUUCUCUGUAUUUGAUGAUGUUCUUGGUGGGAGAUUCAGAAACAGAUUGAAACUGGACAAUAAAACUGGAUCUCUGACCAUCACAGACACCAAAAUGUAUCAUAAUGGACUUUAUCAACUGCACAUCAACAAUGUGAGCAAGGCUUUCAGUCUCACUGUUCGAGAUGAAACUUCAGUGCCUCCAGUGACGGAGGGAGAUUCAGUCACUAUAAACUCUGGUGUUACUGAACUGAGGAAUGAUGAUCAGAUUGAGUGGUGGUUUGGAGAUAAAGAGACUUUAAUAGCUGAAAUCAAUAAACAGACCAACAGAUUCUCUGUAUUUGAUGAUGUUCUUGAUGGGAGAUUCAGAGACAGACUGAAACUGGACAAUAAAACUGGAUCUCUGACCAUCACAGACACCAGAACUGAACAUGCUGGAGUUUAUAAACGAUGGAAUCGUGUGAGCAAAAAAAGUUUCAAUCUCAUUGUCUUUGCUCCUCUGCCUGUUCCUGUCCUCAUCUUCAACUCUUCUCAAUGUUCUUCAUCCUCAUCUUCAUCAGUGCAGUAUUGUUCAGUGCUGUGUUCAGUGGUGAAUGUGAGCGCUGUGAGUCUCUCCUGGUACAAAGGAAACAGUUUAUUGUCCAGCAUCAGUGUGUCUGAUCUCAGCAUCAGUCUCUCUCUACCUCUGGAGGUGGAAUAUCAGAAGAACAACACCUACAGCUGUGUGAUCAACAACACCAUCAGCAACCAGACUCAACGUCUGGACAUCAGUCAACUCUGUCCCACAUGUUCAGACUCUGUUCACUGCUGUGGUCCUACUGAAGCUGUGAUCCGAUUGGUCCUCUCUGCUCUGGUGGGCGUGGCUACUAUCGUUAUUGUGCUUUAUGACAUCAGAUCCAGAAGAGCUGAACAAGAUCAAGCACAUAUUGACGCAUCACAAACCUGAAUGAUGAUGUCAGAGAACUGCUUU